GGCAGAAUAUAUUAAGAGAACGAGGCGAAGCAGCUAAAAAGUCAUCGAGGUUUUGGAGAGAAAUACAACGAGAGAGAGAGAGGGAGAGAUGGGGAGUUAUAGGAUGUGCGUGUGCUUUACAAGGAAGUUUAGACCGACGGAAGCAGGUCCGCCUUCGGAUGUGAAGGAUGCUUUCGUGAAGUACGCGGACGGUGGGAGCCAGAUGACGGCGGAGCAGCUGCGGAAGUUCCUAGUAGAGGUUCAGGGCAGUGGCUCAUCGAUCGAGGAACCAGAGCGGAUCGUGGAGCAGGUCUUGCAGAAACGACACCAUAUUGCGAAGUUUACUAGGCAAACUCUCACUCUCGAUGAUUUUCAUCAUUACUUGUUCUCUGCGGAUCUGAAUCCACCUAUUGGAGACCAGAUCCACCAGGAUAUGACGGCCCCAUUGUCCCAUUAUUUCAUAUACACUGGUCACAAUUCAUACCUGACUGGAAACCAACUAAGCAGCGAUUGCAGCGAUAUCCCAAUCAUUAAGGCACUGGAUAGAGGUGUAAGAGUCAUAGAGCUUGAUUUGUGGCCAAAUUCCGGGGAGGAUGAUGUACUCGUUCUUCAUGGAAGGACAUUGACAACUCCUGUGGAACUCAUUAAAUGUUUGAAAUCGAUUAAAGAACAUGCAUUUUCUGCCUCUUCAUACCCUCUCAUAAUAACUCUUGAAGACCACCUCACCCCGCCUCUUCAAACCAAAGUGGCUAAGAUGCUUACUGAAACAUUUGGAGGCAUGCUGUUCUGCCCCAAAUCUAAUCCUUUAGAAGAGUUCCCUUCACCAGAAGAAUUGAAGUAUCGAAUCAUUAUUUCAACCAAACCUCCCAAAGAGUACCUUAAAGCUAAAACGAACAAGGACAACAAAACAAACUCAAUGAAGGAGAAGGAUUCAGAUGAAGAUGAAUGGGGAACGGAGCCAUCAGAGCUUACAGUCAAUCGAGAAAACGGAGAUAUGAGUGAUAGUGACACAAAUGAAGACACUCAGGAUGAUGAGGAUAGUGAAGAUGGUGAGAGUGAAUUGCAUCGGCAAGGGGUAUCUGCAUACAAGGAAUUAAUUGCUAUUCACGCUGGAAAACCCAAGGGUGGUUUGAAGGAGGCACUAAAAGUUGAGCCAACUAAAGUUAGACGCCUUAGUUUGAGUGAACAGGCGCUUGAAAGGGCUGCUGAAAAUCACCGAGAGGAACUAAUUUGGUUUACGCAGAAAAAUGUCUUGAGGGUGUACCCAAAGGGUACUCGGUUUACCUCAUCCAACUACAAGCCACAUAUUGGUUGGACUCAUGGAGCUCAAAUGGUUGCAUUUAAUAUGCAGGGUUAUGGUAGAGCACUUUGGUUAAUGCAUGGGAUGUUUAGAGCCAAUGGUGGAUGUGGCUAUGUCAAAAAGCCAGAUUUUCUCAUGAAUAAAAGCCAAGUGUUUGAUCCACAAGCAAAGUUGCCAGUGAAGAAAACUCUAAAGGUAAAAAUAUAUAAAGGAGAUGGGUGGCGUUUUGAUUUUAAACCAACUCACUUUGAUUCGUAUUCCCCGCCAGAUUUCUAUACCAGGGUUGGCAUAGCAGGGGUGGAAAAUGAUGAGGUAAUGAAGAAGACAAAAGCAAAAGAGGAUGACUGGACACCUGUUUGGAAUGAAGAGUUCACAUUUCCACUUACUGUUCCGGAGUUGGCUUUGCUUCGGAUUGAAGUCCACGAAUAUGAUAUGACUCAGAAGGAUGAUUUUGGUGGCCAAACUUGUUUACCAGUCUCAGAAUUGAGGCCGGGUAUACGUGCAGUUCCCCUCUUUAAUCGGAAGGGAGAAAUGCUGCCAUCGGUGAGGCUCCUCAUGCGCUUUGAUUUUUCCGACUCCUGAUGACAAUAGUACUGUAUGUUUAUCAUAGGAUUGAACUUUCUGCCAUCACAUUUUCAUGCUUGUACCUGUGUGAUACAGUCUUUGGCUUGCAAUUCUUCCCUGUUCUGGUCUACAUUCUAGUUUCUUUUAAGUUUCUGCCGAUCUUUCUUU